AUGUCGGAAAAGACCUUUCACAUCACCGGCGAAGAGGUACGGACGAUGGAGUCCAAAGAUUCCAAAUUCCAUGACGGCAAGACACCCAAGGACUCAGACAUAUCUGCCAUGAAACAACUCCUUUCCGAGCAAGAACCCAAAGAAGCAGAAAUCGGUCGAGUAAAGGCAAACCUCCCGCUGCCUGAACAGCCUGUCGGCGGAGCCAGCGCAGACCUACAGUCCGCCGACCAACGCACUGUCAACGUCGGAAGCGGUGGUGUCAACGUCCAGUUGGGCACCGGAUCGGCGAGUGGAUUGAGAGAACCAGCCACCGCAAAUACCAGUGUGAGAAUUAAUGGAGACGAAUGGAAGAAGGAAACAGAGCCAUAG